UCAUUUUUUGUGUAGCUUUUCGUUCUUCAGGUGUUUGUAGAUCGAACACGACCAGACCUAAAUGUCGCUUGGCUCUGGUCGUUUACAGUUGAAGACGCGCAGAGUUGUUCCGCACUCCACUGUCGAACUCUUGCCCUCUUUCGGAACACUACCUAUUUACUCUGUUUCUUUGCAUGCAUAUAACAAAAUAAAAGACAACUUGAAUCAUGUACCUUUCUACCUAUCUUACAUUGACUAGUCUUCGCCUAAUUGCUACGGCAGUGUUCAGCUUGAAACACUUUUCCGCCUCUUUCCUUAUCAACUUCUACGACCAACAUGCUGGUUUUAAUGCCUCAGAGUCACUUACAGCGGUACACUUAUUUUUUGCAGACGUUAAUGCGAACUAUUUAUGGCCAGCCGCCCUAGCCGCGUUCCAGAAUGCCUCAGGACAACGGUCCGAGAGUCCAGAACCUGGAGAGAAUUUCAGCCGGACCGCAAGCCCCACCCUGAUGCCACCACCGCGACGUCGUGUAACCCAGCAAGAUCCAAACUCGCCAAAUAAACGUCGUGGCCGCUAUCAGUGUAGCUUCUGCAACUUCCUUGGCGUAACGCCAUCGCACAUAAAACGUCACAUUCUAACUCAUACUGGCGAACGUCCAUUUGAGUGCCCGCUUUGUCCACGCCGCUUCACUCAGAAAGUCCACCUGAAAUACCAUAUAAAUAAAACCCACAAAAUGGGGUCCGCAGAAGAGAUUUCACCGGUUGGAGACAUCAGUGCUGCUGACGAUGAUGUCGAUGAGCUAACCAUUAUAGAUGAUACCCCCAAACGCGUCAAGCCGUCCUCGCUUUUGCGCACAAAGAUGACGGCGUAAACAAAAGGCGAUUGCCCUUUUUCUUUUAACCUGAAUAUAAUCGGCUGCAGUUACCGAUUGUCCCCCAGUAACAACCUGACAGUGCGGGUGGUCAACCAAGUUCAAGUUGCCAGACCUGACAACUACACAGCACGUAAUUAAUAGCCACUCUCAUCGCAUUCUACAUUCACUCGUAUACAUAUAUAGCGUAAUGUCUCAUAUUUUGAUUCGUUACUGUGUGCCUCUACGCGUGACUUAACGUGAUCAAGGGUAUCGUCACAACAAAUUUAACCGUCAUCGACACGGAAUGUGAUCGUUCGUCCCUUUUUCCCGAUGAUGCUUGCUUGCUUGCUUAGUUUGUACUUUUGGUUUUUGUAUAAGAACAUCGAGCCAAUUUUAUUGUUUCAUUGCCUAUCUGGCUAUAAAACUGGUUCUCUCUUUCUCUGUAACAGUCCUAAGAAGGCCGAUUCUGCUGGAAAAAUGCAGUUUACUUUAAUUUUGGGGAAGGACACGUGACCUUUUGUUCGAGAAGUUAUUAGGGUCCCAAAAGCUUUGUGCUUUGUACAUUUAUUAGCUGAAUCUCACUGUAAAUUUAUUUCAGACACUUGAUAUACUAUAAAUAUCUCAUACAUAAAAAGUGACGUAUGAGCGUACUAUUGUUCUAGUUGUCGUCACGUCAUAUCUGUUUGGGUGACUUUUGUCCAUACGUGCUUUAAAGCACAACUUUACCGAUUUUUGUGGUCACAUACCAGUAUUGCGCCAGGCAUUUACAACACACGCCAUAUUUCACUAAACUCUACAACUAUACAGCUAAUUACCGCUGUUUAGACGUACACGUAAAAGGAUAUUCAUUUAUAGGAGCUAUUAUUUAACCCUUAACACUCUUAUUUUUUGCCUAGACGAUCCCAUAAACAUUGUUGGCGAAUCGCUGGCGACUCCAUGCUGUUAUCAUUCCAAGAGCCUCGUGGUGCAUUCAUUAUCAAACGAGCUCAUUCGUCCUUAUAUAUAAAUGGCGUUUUUACCAGCUUCCAUCUACAAAUCGAAGUCAACAAGAGGGGUCAAUUUUAAGUAAACUUUUUUGACAGAUCGCUUGGGCGAACGGACGUGAAGCAACCUCUUAUAGAAGCUACACGUGUGUCCGUAACGGAUCCAACAACAAUAUUGAUAAUAUUGAAUGCAAUUACUUAGAGAAAUAUAUAUAUUAUGAUGA